GGGUGAGGGCCACAGCUGGGCCAGGAUCAGGCUCACCUUGGCCAACGCCUCCUCCUGUUUGGGGCUCAGGUCACCCACUCUGCCGCUCAUCGCGUCUCAGCCUGGGGCGCGGCGCCUGCGGCAGCUGAUGGAGCUCUAACUGCUUUGCCGCCGCAGCCGCUGGAGUAAAGUCCCAGUCUUUGGCGGAGGCCCCGGGGCUGGCGGCCAAGACCCGCCUCUUAAAGGAGCCCGAGAGGCGGGGCCAGACGCGCAGAGGCCCUGGAGGCCAGCCAGGAUGCCUACCUACUCAGACACCUGAGCUACUUGGGCGUACUCCUCGUCCGAACCAAAAGGAGGCUGAAAAGAGCUGGCUAAUGACCUCUUCUGAGGAGCGACUCCGCAGGCCUGGACCGAGCUGCUGUCCUGACCCCCACAUGUUGACAGCUCUCCUCGUGCCCACGGGGAUGGGAUGCCCCCUACGCGGCGUCGUUUUGCUUCUAGGAACUGUGGUGCUGUCUCUGCCAUCCGCUUAUGAUCACUGCUACCGGCUCAGCUUGGGGGACAUUCAGAGUUGACACCCAGGGUUCACCCUCAGUUACUUAUUGAGUUUGAGGGUAGCCUGGACUGCGAACAAACAAACCAGAGUUGGUAUCCUUUUUCCUCUCCCUGCAGAACAGGCAUGGUGGAGGACAUGGUGUCUGGCUGAGGGGCAAGGAAGAACAGCCCCCCCCCACCUAGGACCCGGUUCUCUGUGUCUGGCCUGCCCUGCAGCACUCUGGGAGCCGUCUACUCUCAAAGCUCUCACGUCUCAGCUGGCAUGUGCUGCUUCCUCUCUGGAAAUCUGGAGGUUUGGGUCUGAGUGCCCAUGUUCCACACCUUUCUACAAGUCCCUUUGCCUCUACAUUGUUGCUCCUUCACUCUUAGGGGGGUGAUUUGGGGCCUGUAAGUCAGCAGAAGGCUAGAAAGAGUUAAUAUGCAUAAUUCUUAGGCUUGACUUCUGGUGGCCACUUCCUAGCCGGCCCUGCACAGUCAUCCUUUGCUGGCUGCCUGGUCAGAACUCAGCCAUAGGAUACACAAAGAGGAGAACCACAGCACCCGGGACCCUCGGCAGCCCUACAAGGCUUAUCUGCUUCCCAGCACUGUGGGCGGGCUCUGAAAGCCACAGCCUAGCAGCUUCACGUCUAGCCUAUGCCACCAGACUGCCCUCACCCCCAGUUACUACCUCUGCCCUAUACAGCAAAACAAUUUCCUCUUCUCAGAGCCCAACAGCCCCUCCUUCUGCUGGAGCCCCCUGCUACUCUGAUCUUAUUUCCAUGCAUCUGGCACCUGGUCACAAGUCGAGGGCCACUUUUUCUUCCUGCUGUAUGCCAAACAGUAGGCAUUGUUCUGGAACCCAGCAAUGUUCACACACCACCCUUUGGUCCCAAACAUACUAAAGAGAACACAAAAGCAAGGCAGAUGGCCAAAGAGAGGGAUCAAACAGUCGGAGAUUGGAAAAGACAACGUUUGCUCUGGAUGAAGGGCCCCUAGAAGGCUCCAUGGAGAGAGGAGACUCUGACCUGCACCUUAAAAUGUGGGGGACAUGGAAGAAGGCCCUCUUAACCUAUAUCAGCACAGAAGCAGGAGCAAAGUUCUGGUGCCAAUUCCUCCUUGGCCCUCAAAGCUGUUUCCAGAAACUUCUCUCUUAUCUGCCACUGACAUGGGACCUCGGCCAACCAGAAGCCCUUUUCUCCUGACCUUAACAAGGACUCUUCUGUAUUGUGACUAUCACCUGGUCUGACAGGAAGGACCUGGCCUCCAGGGUCAGACAGCCUGGAGGGCCUCCGUGGCUUCCUCACCAAAUGGAGAACAUUGACCUCGGAAUCAAAGUCCCUCCCCUGGUGCCCUGACCCCAGAUCUCCGGGGCAGCCUGGAGCCAGCCUUUCUCCCUGCUCCUUUAAGACCAUGGCCUCAAUCUCCCGAUCUGCUCUCCGUCCUGAUUCUCUGCCGCCUGUUAUUUGAUUCUAUGAAGAAACACAGACUCGGAGGAGGAUAUAACAUAGCCUUGGCUGUACCGUGGCUCAGGCCAUACACCUCCCUCGUUCCUGCCUUUCUCGGGUCCUGCGACUAUCCAGCACCUGUCUCCACUGACAACCUGGCAAGCUCUCCGGAGCCUUCUGCAGUCAGGGUUCCGGCCGCAUCUCAGCAUCCUCCGCCGCCUGCCCUAGGGUUCUCAGGGACCACUAGGGGGCGCGCGGAGCUGCCAAGCACCCAGCUCCCUCUCCCGGCGCCCCGCCCCCUGCGGCCGCGGCUCCGCCCCGUCCGGCGCCCCGCCCCGUCCGGCGCGGCCUCGCUCUCUGUUCUGCGGGCGCCCGGGACCCCCCCACCCCACGGCCUCGCCAGCUCUUCGGUCCGACCAUGGGCCCUGCCGAUCGCCCCGCGCUGAGGUCGCCUCCGUCGCCGCCACCUCCUCCAUCGCCGCCGUCACCGCUGCUGCUGCUGCUACCCCUGUUGCCUCUGUGGUUGGGCCUGGCGGGGCCCGGGGCCGCGGCGGAUGGCAGCGAGCCGGCGGCCCGGGCGGGGCGGGGCGGAGCCCGUACAGUGCGAGUGGACGUGAAGCUGCCGCGGCAGGACGCCCUGGUUUUGGAGGGCGUCAGGAUCGGCCCUGAAGCGGACCCCGAGCCGCUGCUGGGCGGCCGCCUGCUGCUGAUGGACGUCGUGGAUGCUGAGCAAGAGAUACCUGUAGACGGCUGGAUUGCAGUGGCAUAUGUGGGCAAAGAGCAAGCCGCCCAGUUCCACCAGGAGAAUCAAGGCAGUGGCCGGAAGGCAUGUCCCAAGGCCCUGGUCCAGCAGAUGCGCCGUGCCCUCUUCCUGGGGGCCUCUGCCCUGCUUCUCCUCAUCCUAAACCAUAGUGUGGUCCGAGAGUUGGACAUAUCCCAGCUUCUGCUCAGGCCAGUGAUUGUCCUCCAUUAUUCUUCCAAUGUCACCAAGCUGUUGGAGGCACUUCUGCAGAGGACCCAGGCUACUGCUGAGAUCACCAGUCGAGAGUCCCUGUCAGCCAACAUUGAGUGGAAAUUGACAUUGUGGACCACCUGUGGCCUCUCCAAGGACAGCUACGGAGGCUGGCAGGAUUUGGUGUGCCUGGGAGGUGGUCAGGCCCAGGAGCAGAAGCCCCUGCAGCAGCUAUGGAACGCCAUCUUGCUUGUGGCCAUGCUCUUGUGCACAGGCCUUGUGGUUCAGGCCCAGCGGCAGGCAUCAAGACAGAACCAGCAGGAGCCUGGAGGCCAGGGGGAUUUGUUUAAGCGCCGCGUGGUUCGGAGACUAGCAUCCCUCAAGACCCGGCGCUGCCGGCUGAGCCGGACAGCACACAGCCUCCCAGAGCCUGGCACUGAGACUUGUGCUGUUUGUCUAGAUAACUUCUGUAACAAGCAGUGGCUCCGGGUACUGCCUUGUAAGCAUGAGUUCCACCGAGACUGCGUGGACCCCUGGCUGAUGCUACAGCAGACCUGCCCACUAUGCAAGUUCAAUGUCCUGGGUGAGCAUCAGGGGCAGGGGAGUCCUGGGCUAGCCCCCAGCCCCACCUGAUCCCUCUCUCCCUGUUCUUCCUUCUCCCUACAGGGAACCAUUACUCAGAUGACUAACUGCCCAAGUGGAGUUUCUACACUUUGGGCUGGACCCUUCCCAGCCUACACUACAGGAUAGUGGGUUGGACAGAUCAACUAGCCCUAUGGGUAAAGUCAAGACCCCACCAUACCCAUGGUGGGUAGGAGGGACUCACAGGCCCAGGCUGAAGACACAGAGCCAGGACCCAUCAGGCAAGGAGAAAUCAUUAGAACCUUCUCUGCAACCUUGGGAUAUCUGUGUCUGCUCUUAUAGGCAGCUCCCAGGACUCUGAGGGAAAGAAAACAUGGCCACUACAUCUGUCUCCAGCAUUCUGGGGCUUCUGUGAUUAAAUUUUAUGCUAUUUAUUGGGGGAUAGAUUGAGGGCAAAGAUGUGUGGCUAUGGGACCCACUGGCAUGACUCCAGGCUAUAUAUAGCUUGGUCAAAUCAAAGGUAUAAUAUUCAAGUGAGCCUCCUCCACUACCUGCUGCCUGUCCAGCCGGACGACUCCAGUCUGCCUGGGAUCAGAGGCCUUAGAAACCAUCUAGUGCUGUAUUUCUUGGUUGGGCUAAAUGUUACUGACCAGGACACUUGAAGCCACAGAAUAUAUGUGGUGCAUCUGCCAAGGGCAUCAUUUAAAAAAAACAUUUGGGUAGGGAAGUUUUAAUAGUCAAAUAAACAUGGAAUAUAUUUUAACAUAA